AUGGGGUCUCCCCGGAGGAAAAGGCUCUGCCUUUUGUUCCUGAUAGGAUUAGGAUUCUCUGUCAUUUUCCUCGGACAUUACUACACCGCGGAUUCGCCCCUCUGCGCCGGGACUGAAGCCAGAACACAGCAGCAAGAAACAUGGGACCUAGAAGGUACAGAAAUAUUGCAAGAUGUAAGAAAUCACGACUUGAUCAGAAGAGCCGUCAUGAAGAGGAGAAAUUCAACCAAAGAUGUGUCUAGCCCAAAGGAGAAGUCUAGAUCAUGCCUCUCGUCAGUAAAAUCCAGAGUGAAACACAAUCCCACCUUUGAGAAGCAGUUUGAUUUUGAUAUCCCUGUGUUUAUGUGGGAGCAGCACUUCACUCCUGAGACUUGGGGGAGACUGAAGGAUCGCAGUGUUCCAUAUGGUUGGCGUGAUGUGCCAUAUCCAGUUAUUGCAUCCACGUUGCAGCUUCUCACUGAGUCUGUCCACAGUCAGCUAGUCGAUGAAACCAAGUUCCUUAACUGUUGCAUCUGCUGUGCCGUGGUUGGGAAUGGAGGAAUUUUGAAUGGGUCUCGCCAAGGGAAGAAGAUAGAUGCUCAUGACUUUGUCUUCAGGCUUAACGGGGCAGUCACCAAAGGUUUUGAGGAAGACGUUGGGACUAAGACUUCCUUCUAUGGCUUUACAGUGAACACUAUGAAGAAUUCCCUUGUUGCUUAUGCGGAAUAUGGCUUUACACAGAUCCCACAGGGAAAAGAUGUACAGUACAUAUUCAUUCCAUCAAACAUACGAGACUACAUCAUGCUUCGAUCUGCCAUUUUGGGCAGUCCUGUCCCAGAGGGCUAUGACAAGGGUGAUAUCCCUUGGAAAUACUUUGGAUCUGAGACAUCUGCAGGGAAAUUCAAGUUGCUGCACCCAGAAUUCAUGCAUUAUCUUAAAGAAAGGUUUUUAAAAUCAGAAAUUAUUAAUUCUCAGUUUGGUCAUCUCUACAUACCCAGCACUGGAGCACUUAUGCUUUUAACAGCGCUACACACUUGUGAUCAGGUCAGUGCCUAUGGAUUCAUCACGGAGAAUUACAAGUUGUUUUCGGAUCAUUACUAUGAGCAGGAAAAAAAGCCCUUGGUGUUCUAUGCCAAUCAUGAUAUGUUACUAGAAGCCGAGCUGUGGAAGAGCUUCAAUCGAGUUGGCAUCAUUAAGCUCUUUCAGCGAUGAAGAUAAGUUGUUCUGUGGUGAGGGGAAACAAAGGGUGCAUCUUCCCUUAACUCUCUUUGUAUGAGAGCUCUUCUCAUGAAGAGGAGCCCCUUUUUUUGUCUCCAAAAAUGAAACUGAUCAGCAGCACACUCCAAGCAUAUUGGACAUAAAAGGACUCUGGGAAUCAUUCCCACUGGAUUUGGUAAAGACAGAUCCAUCUGCUGUUAACAACAGUGCAGCCAGGAGAUGCAAUCGCAUUUCUGCUGUACAGGAGAAU